UGCAAAUGUUCAACAUGGCGAGGAGAACUGAGAUUCCUUUUAGUCAAAGACAAUUUUCGUGCAUACGUUGCGAUAGAGAUUGGUGGAGGGAGGUACCAGAGAGGAAACAGGUCUCGAGAUGUCGUUACUGUAAAAGAAGAUAUGAUGCGGUGCCAAGGGAUCAGGAGUGGGGUCUUGCUGCGUACACUUGUCAAAACUGCCAUCAUUCUUUCAGGAGCUAUGGACAGAUGGGGGUUCCUGCACCAUGCUACAGAUGCCGGAGUAUUGUCUUUCCCAUUCAAAUCAUUCCGCCAAGAAGGAAUCCGUCCAGAUUGGGAAACGGGCGUCAGAAUCCACAUGGCUGCUGUGCGGAGGAUUGUUACAACCGGCAAGCUCCAGUUCUCUAUCAGUCUCUGGCUGACGGUUAUGUGCUUCCAGCAAAUAUUGGCGACCCCUCAUCCUGACUGGAACCAGUAUUUGCCAAAGCUUCAUCCUCGACUGUUGAUGUUUCAGUUCAAGCUCCCACGGUUGGUCCCAAGAAUGGACUGUGCAGAUAUUUAUCGAGAAGGAUUUCACACAAGUGGAGUUUACCAGAUCUACCCCUCUGGGCCUUUCGUUCCACUGAAUGUUUACUGUGACAUGGUGACUGAUGGCGGAGGGUGGACUGUGUUACAGAGAAGGAACAAUGGUUCUGUUGACUUCUACAGAGGAUGGGACGAUUAUAAACGGGGCUUUGGGACUGCUGACGGUGAAUAUUGGCUGGGGCUGGAGAACAUACGCUCAUUGACUGCCAGGAGGCAGUAUGAGCUGAGGAUCGACUUGGAAGACUUUGAGAAUAGAACCGUGUACGCACAGUACAGGCGGUUUGCUCUGUCACCCAAUGCCAUUAAUGCAGAGGAAAAUGGAUACAGGCUCCAGGUGAUGUACUUCAUUGAUGGAGGAGCAGGGGACUCUCUUGCCUAUCAUAAUGGACUCAAGUUCAGUACAUUCGACAGAAAUCACCAGGCUCUCCUGAACUGUGCAGAGAAAUGCUCUGGGGCUUUUUGGUACAAGUCAUGCCACACAGCAAACAUCAACGGUCUUUACUUGAAGGGAGCACAUUCCUCCUAUGCCAAUGGAAUCCACUGGGCCACAUGGACUGGAUAUUACUAUUCCCUCAAAGCUACAGCGAUGAAAAUACGACCAAUCUCUUUGCCAUUUCCUGUUUAGAAGGUGCAGCUGCAGUUCUCGACCUUGGGUUCACAAACCGUAUUUGUUGUGUUUUACAGUUCUCCUUCAAUCCAUGUUCCAUAAGUUCUGCUCAUAAAAUUCAUGCUGCAGUACCUGUGUUUUCCUGCCACUGUACUGGCGGCGCUAUUGAGCCCACCAGCUCGGUGGUGCCAUCUUCUGGCUCUCAUUGGUACUGCUGCACAUUGGGAAAACAAAAACCCGUUUUGUUUCAUGCAAUGGUUCGACUGGUUUUUUGUCAAAUCUAUCUCCUGCAAACAAUGCUUAUUUUUUUUUGUGCAACUUUGUGGCAUUUUUCUCUUCUCAAUUCAGCAAAGCAAAGUGAUCCUCGACACAAAAGCAGACGUUGCUAGAAAAGCUCAGCAGAUCUGGCAGCAUCUCUGGAGAGGAGUUAGAGUUAACGUUUUGGAUGAGGUUACCCUUUCCCAGGGCUGGGGAGUGACCCUUUGAGCUGUCAUAGUGCGGGACUGGCUGCAGUCAGUGUGUGAACAGCAACACAAUGGGGAUUGGAUAAUCUGUUCUAACAAGGUUGGUUGAGUGUUGCAACUUGUUUGGGCAGCAGAGAGAACGUAGCUGUUCUUUUCUGGGAUAGUGCCAACUGAUCUUUUACUUUCCCCUGUGAGGGCAGAUGGGGGCAACUCUGACAGAAGGCAGUAUUUCUGAGAGUGUAGCACUCCCCGAGCUACAAGGUUAGUUCCGGGGUGGGAUAUGAACCACCUACUUGCUGAAAUCAGAGGUUAAAGUCCUGCCACUUGGCAAAGGCAGACUCUUAAAGCAGAGCAACGGCGGAUAAUUGGAGUGCUGGCCUUUUGACAUCCUCUUCGGGAGAGGCCAACACACCCUUUUACAUAACUAAGUGCUAAUUUACACAAGUCACAAUCUUCUGCGCUUUAAGAGGCAACAAGGUGUGGAUGAACACAGCAGGCCAACCAGCACCUUAGGAGUAGGAAAGCUGAUGUUUCGGGCCUAGACCCUUCAGCAGGACUGGACUGAAUGACAUCCGUAUGUGGGUGCUUCAUUGUUUUUCUCUGUCUGACAUUACUGAUGUUCGUUGCACAUUCCAAUUUGGUCUCGAAUUGAAUGAUUUGCUUGGCCGUUUCAGGGGACCAUUAAGAGUCAACCCCAUGUAAAAGGAAUUUAUCCAUGCAUUUUUCAUUGAGAGAGAGGUCUUGGAGACUGCCAGUUGCUGCACUCCCCAUGGUAACAGCCUGACUAAUCAGACUCUGGCCCGAGGUUAGUCAGCUACCAAAGAUUGACAGUUAACUGUUGCGUCUCUGUGCCAAUAGCGAUCCAUCUAAUAACCCCUCUCUGCUCCUGCUUUAUAGCUUGCUGUUCUCUUUCCAAGUUUAGUUUCUUGAGUAUCAGUCCAGAUGAGUGCAGGAUGAAUUGCUUCGAUAUUGCGUCUCUCUCUUUAACAGUGUAAAGAUGCGUUUCCUUUUCAAUUUCAAUUUACAUCACCUUGGCAGGCCCCAUCCAAUGCAUUUCCAACCCCCUGCCCUAAUUCUAACUGUACAGUGUCGAGAAAACUGAGUUUUCAUUCUAAACUCAAC